ACGCCAGCCGGACGUCUGGGAUCUGACUUCUUUAGGAGAAGCCAACCUGUGAAGCAAAGACAGAUGUACGACUAUGCCAGGGAUCUGAUUGAGCAGCACAGUCUGCAGCCUGGAGAGUAUGUGAUCGUCCCCUCUACCAUGAAGCCCUACACAAGUGCAGAGUUUGUCCUCAGCGUCUACACCAAGACCGACACUAAGAUCAGCGUCCACGAUGGAGGUGAUGAUGACGACACCGACAAUGACAAACUGAUUCUUCCCGAGAUCCCUACCAAGUCCGAGGAGGAGGACAACAACAAGGAUAACAGUUCUGACCGCUCCUUGUUCAACCGUUACGCUGGCCAGACGGGUGAGCUGAGCGCCAGACAGCUCCAGAAGCUCCUCAACGACAACUUCCCUCAUGGGACCUGGCACGGCUUUGGCUUGGACACCUGCAGGAGCAUGAUUGCCAUGGUAGAUACCGACAAAAGGAUGACGAUGACCUUCAGUGAAUUCUCAACUCUCUGGACCAAGAUUCAUGAGUUCAAGAAACAGUUCAAUCGCGCUGAUUCGAAUAAGAAUGGAUCCCUGUCUGACUAUGAGCUCGAGAAAGCAAUUGGAUCUGCUGGGAUGGAUGUGAACGACGUUGCCGUGAGACUGAUGAUGUUCCGCUAUUCAGGCGUCUCAUCCACCAUCAUGGAGGACUUCAUCGUUCUCAUGUUGCGCCUGGAAAACUCCAAAAAUGUUUUCAAGGACAAAUCAUCCGAUGGAGUGAUCACCUUAGACUGGGAUGAGUGGACUGUCAUCUCCACAUACAACUAGAGCAAAGCUGACACAGAAGCAGAGGAGACACACAAGAGAAGAUUCCUGCAAUCCGACAAUGCUUCCAUUUCAACUAAUGUCUUCCUGUGCAAAACCUGUAAAGCUGUAACACGUUUUUCUGUGAACUGAACCUAAUGAAAUAAACAUUGUUACCAUCAGAAUUAUGAGCCAAAAUC